CAUGAACCAUUGAAUCUUUAUUUGCUAGCUGAGCCUACAGUCAAAAUGCUCGCCUUACGCUCUUUCAUCCGCCAAACCCCCAUCUCACAUCGAUGGUCCCAGAUCCGCUCCGUGUCAACACUAGAAGGCCAUCCUCACAUAUAUACCUUCCCCUCCAACAACUCCCAUAUCCUCAGUCUCCUCCCGACGAACCCACCCAACGCCAAUCUCUCUAUCGGACUUACCUCCAAACUGCCUCCCACGCCUGACUCCUUCCGCGAAAACCCCCGCUUCCUAAGCAUCCUGCAAGAGGUCCUCACCGAGCACGGCCACCAGGACCCCGACGCCGUCUCGCAGGCCCAGGUCAUGGUGUCCACGGCCGGCGCGAAUCUCAGCUCCGGCGGCGUGCUGUUGACGGGGAGCAAGGCGCGGCGCAGACGCGGGGAGACGGCGGACUCGAGUGGCGGGGCGAGUGGGCAGGGGGGUGCAGGGUCCGCGGGGAGGGGAGGAUGGAUUCAUUUGUCGGAUGAGAGGAGGCCGCCUGAGUAUGGGCGGAUUGCGUGGCCUGAGGAUAUCUUUGGGAGCUUGGAGGUGGAUGGAGAUGGGAACUUUGUUGGGGGGAAUGGGAAUUAUCAGUCCAGUGGUACUUACCGUGUUGUGACAAGAGAUGGAUUCUUCGGACUAAGUUCUUUCCUACGAGAGAAGCUGGUUCAGAGAUUGCGCCAGAUUGAGUCUGAGUCGCAAUAGGCCCCGGCCUGUCUUCCAUCUGUAAAACUAUACAAUGAAUUGUAUUAUAUUGGAUUUGUCUGUGCUAUGUUCCCUGCCGGGUAGUGUCAAAUUAAAAUUAUCUCAUCUCCAC